AUGAAAAAUGCGGAAACACAACACACAAAUGAACAAGGUGAACAUGGAUUUGUAACAAAUCAACGACAAUCAAAACGACAACCAGCAACAACAAUUCACGACCUAGCCUUUGCUGAUGAUAUCGCUCUGUUCGAAAGUAACUUCGACAGAGCACAAACACAAUUGAUCACAACAAUGAAUUGGGCCGAUAAAGCAGGCUUACAAGUCAACAUUAAAAAGACACAAGCACUAACAAACCAAAAUACCAACAACAAAUCUAUGCAAAUAAAUGGAGAAGACAUUCAAUAGGUAGACAAUUUCAAAUACCUUGGCUCAAUGGUACUCUCAAGCAACACAGAUAUCAAAGUAAGGAAAGGGUUAGCAUGGAAAGCUUUCUGGAAAUUGCGAAACAUAUGGAAAUCGACAACAAUACCUACGAAACUUAAGAUUAACAUCUUCAAAGCUUCUUGCAUUUCGAUUUUACUAUAUGGCUCCGAAAGCUGGAUCAUCACAAAAACCCUUGAGAAGUCCCUAAACAGCUUCGCUACUAGCUGUUAUCGAAUAAUACUCAACAUUAAACGACUGGACAAAAUAUCAAAUAAUACAAUCUACGAAAAAGUGAAACAAGAACCCCUGGUACAAACAAUACAACGUCGACAACUGCGCUUUAUUGGACAUUGCCUACGCCGAGACUCAAAUGAAUUUACCAACAUGUAUGCUCUGUACACUCCGAAACCUGGCCAUGGAAAACGUAAGCGUGGACGACCCCGCUUGAAAUACGUUGAUUACGUCGCAAGACUGAUCAGCAAUGACAAUCCACCAACGAUCGAAGAAAUCAGAAAGGCUGCUGCAGACAGGAAAAGCUGGUACGAUAUUGUUAUCGCCUGUAAACCGCGCCUGUUUGCAGUCGACUGAUGAUGAUGAUUGAGUUGAUGAUUUUGCAUCAUUAUGAUCAGGCUUCGUAGUCGUCCUAUAUUUCCUAUAAUUCCUAUAUCUUUAGAAAUUGUCCUAUAAUGUCCUAUUUUUCAGGAAUUUUCCUAUAUUUCCUAUAUAUUUGAAAAAAAAAGCCAAAAUUCUUUUAAAAUGAAAUAUAUUUCAAUCACAAAAAAAACACACAUGCUUUGGUAUAUAUUGCCAUAACUUCUAUAGUAAAACGAAUAGCAACUAGCGCUAAUGUAUACAUAUUUUAUUGUGUAUAGGUAUAUUCACUAUUAGGAUUGGUUUAGUGAUGAAACCAGGAUUUCUCGAUAUGCGGAAACUAUCAGAUCGGAACAUAAGUUCUGUACGUUUUUUUUUGUGUUUUAGGCAAAUUUAAGUCCUUGUGUUUCGUG